AUGCCGUACCCGAAGAGCGCUAUCGUGAUCGGAGGCUCCAUCUCCGGCCUCCUCCAAGGCCUCCAACUCAAACGCAACGGCACCACCGUCACCCUCCUCGAGCAAGACCCCGUCAACCACCGCCCCAGCCACGACUCCGGCGUGCAAAUCGGUCCCAGCGUAGUCCGGCUCCUCGAGAAAUAUGACGCCACGGGCCGGCCCGCGGCGGUCCCCGCUCGGUUCUUGAGUGUCGCCUGGCGCAGGGAGAAGUUGAGGGUGCUGGAUGUGGUGGCGCCGCGGCAGACGAGUAAUUGGGCGACGUUGUAUUUGAUUUUAAGGGCGAAUUUUGAUGGGUUGGUUUCGGAGAUGGUGCCGAGGGCGCCGGAGGGGAGGAAGGGGGAUGGGAAGGUUGUUUAUAGAGCUGGGAAGAGGGUUACUGGUCUUAGUUAUGAGGGUGGCGGUGGCUGUGGUGAGGUUGGAGCAGAGGAUGAGGAGAAGGCUGGGGGCAUGAUGUAUGUGGAUUUUGAGGAUGUGAUGACCGGGGAGAAGGAGAGGAUCGGGGCUGAGGUGGUGAUUGCGGCCGAUGGGGUGCACUCGACGGUGCGCAAGAUUAUGGGUGCGGGACAGGAGAAGAAGUACUCGGGGUACAUUGGCUGGCGCGGGGUGGUGCCGGAGCAUAUGGUGUCGCCCGAGACGGUCGAGUAUUUCUCGAAGCGGCUCAACUUUUCGCUCAUGAAGGGGACGUAUGCCAUCACCUACGUAAUCCCCACAGAAACCGGCCACGUCACCCCCGGCAACCGCCUCAUCAACUGGGUCUGGUACUUCCGCGUGCCCGACAACUCCCCGGCCAUGGACGCCAUCUUCACCGACAUCCACGGCAAACCGCACGCCCACACCGUCUCGCAGGGUCUCAUCGACCCCGCACUCUGGGCAGACCAAAAAGCCCGUUUCCUCCCGCUCAUGAACCGCCACUUGGCCGAGAUCAUCACCAAGACCACGCGGCCGUUUGUGUCCAAGGUCGUUGAUCGCGAUUGCACCGGCGCAGUCCGCAACUCCACCGCAACAGGAACUGGUGGCAAUGACAACGAUACGAGAGGCAGUUUCUUCAACGGCCACCUAAUCCUCGUCGGCGACGCGUACACCGCCUUCCGCCCGCACAUGGGCAUGGCAUCAGAGCAGGCCGGGCGUCACUGCUGGCAGAUGGAUGCCGUGUGGCGCGGGGAGAUGACGCUGGCGGAACGGGACCGGGAGUCGGCGCGGUAUGCGAGACGGUUUGUGCUGCUGAAUCGGAUUAUUGGGUUGUUGGGGAUGGGGAGUUGGGGGGAGUUGGUGGUUACUGUGGUUGUGUUUGGGGGGUUUUUGGGGGGGUGUGCUUUGGGGGUUUGUUAG